AGGCAGAAAAAGAUCCCUCUAAAAGUUUAGAGCUUUGACUAACUACAACAAAUAAAAGCAAAAUCUGGCUUUUAGGUUAUUUGCUCAUCAAUCCACUCACUGUCUGCUCUAUGCUCCCUCAAAUGACAGAGAAGCUAGCUCUCCCGCUUCUCUUCUCAAACCCACCACCCUCAAAACACCAAUUCCUUGUCCAAAUCCACUGUCACCACCAGCCUAUACUCCCACCAACUGUAUCGCAACUACCUAUAACUCCUCUUCUUCCAAACUUACUCUUUAAUCAACAACCAAGUUCUCCACAACCCAUUCAUCUACCUACACCAAAAAACUUAUCUUACAGACCACGAACCCGCAUCGGCAAGGCCCGUGACCCUAACCGUGGCAAACCCUGGUCUAACCACCGUCUUUCUCCUCUAGGUGAACAAGUUCUUAAUUCUUUAAUUGACCCAUCUUUUAAAAUGACUGAAUUAGAUAAAAUUUUGAGUCAAUUGUUUGAGUUCUAUCAGGAAAAGUCAAGUUUAAGUAGUGAAAAUGUGGAUUCUUUAUCUAUGGAUGUUUUGGGUGUUAUCAAGGGUUUAGGGUUUUACAAGAAACGUGAUUUGGCAAUGGCGGUGUUUGAGUGGGUUAGGAGUAGGAGUGAUUUUGAGUUGGUUUUGAAUUGUUCUGUUGUGGCUGUGAUUAUUAGUAUGCUUGGCAAAGAUGGUAAAGUUUCGCUUGCAGCUUCUUUGUUCAAUAAUCUGAAAAAGGAUGGGUUUGAUCUUGAUGUUUAUGCUUUUACUUCAUUGAUAACUGCUUAUGCUAGUAAUAGAAGGUAUAGAGAUGCUGUUAUGGUAUUUAGGAAAAUGGAGGAAGAGGGUUGCAAACCAACUUUGAUAACUUAUAAUGUGAUUUUGAAUGUAUAUGGGAAAAUGGGUAUGCCUUGGAGUGAGAUUUCUAGCCUUGUUGAGGGAAUGAAGAGUACUGGGGUUGCCCCAGAUGAAUAUACUUAUAACACACUUAUUACUUGUUGUCGCCGAGGGUCUUUGUAUGAAGAAGCAGCCCAAGUUUUUGAGGACAUGAAAUUGGCAGGUUUUUCCCCAGAUAAGGUUACUUAUAAUGCAUUAUUGGAUGUUUAUGGGAAAUCUAGGCGGACUAAGGAGGCUAUGGAGGUAUUGAGGGAAAUGGAAAUUAAGGGACUCUCUCCUAGUAUUGUUACGUACAAUUCAUUGAUAUCAGCUUAUGCUAGAGAUGGUCUGUUAAGGGAAGCGACGGAGCUAAAAAACCAAAUGAUGGAGAAAGGGAUUAAGCCAGAUGUUUUUACAUACACUACCCUCUUAUCUGGAUUUGAAAAGGCCGGGAAGGAUGAGUCUGCUAUGAGGGUUUUUGAGGAAAUGAGAGCUGCAGGUUGUAAACCAAAUAUCUGUACUUUCAAUGCCUUAAUUAAGAUGCACGGUAACCGGGGAAAGUUUGCUGAAAUGAUGAAGAUUUUUGAGGAGAUUAAAAUGUGCAAUUGUGUACCGGAUAUUGCUACAUGGAAUACACUUCUGUUGGUGUUUGGGCAAAAUGGGAUGGACUCUGAAGUAUCUGGAGUGUUCAAAGAGAUGAAGAAGGCCGGGUUUGUGCCUGAGAGGGACACUUUCAAUACUCUAAUCAGUGCAUAUAGCCGAUGUGGUUCUUUUGAACAAGCCAUGGCUAUUUAUAGAAGAAUGCUAGAAGCUGGUGUUACUCCUGACCUUUCUUCCUAUAAUGCUGUUUUGGCAGCAUUGGCACGUGGAGGGCUCUGGGAACAAUCAGAGAAAAUAUUUUCUGAAAUGAAGGAUGGUCGGUGCAAGCCUAAUGAGCUUACAUACUGUUCAUUGCUUCAUGCUUAUGCCAAUGGUAAGGAGAUUGAACGAAUGCGUGCUCUCACGGAGGAGAUAUACUCUGGUGUAACUGAACCUGUUUCUGUUCUCCUGAAGGCACUUGUUUUAGUUAAUAGUAAAUGUGACCUACUAGUGGAAACUGAACGAGCAUUCUUGGAGUUGAGGAAAAAAGGCAAUCCUGACUUAACUACUCUUAAUGCCAUGAUUUCAAUAUAUGGUAGGAGACAGAUGAUUGAUAAAGCAAAUGAAAUUUUAAACUUCAUGAAUGAGAGUGGGUUCAGUCCAAGCAUGGCAACUUACAAUAGUUUGAUGUAUAUGUAUAGCCGUUCAGAAAAUUUUCAGAGAUCAGAAGAAAUUUUAAAGGAAAUUGUUACUAAAGGAUUAAAGCCUGAUGUAAUCUCAUACAAUACUGUUAUAUAUGCAUAUUGUCGAAAUGGUCGGAUGAAGGAGGCUUCACGGAUAUUCUCAGAAAUGAAGGAUUCUGGGCUUGUUCCAGAUGUCAUUACAUAUAAUACCUUCGUUGCAAGCUAUGCAGCUGAUUCAAUGUUUGAGGAGGCUAUUGAAGUCGUUCGAUAUAUGAUAAAAAAUGGCUGUAAACCAAACAAGAAUACAUACAAUUCAAUUGUGGAUGGGUACUGUAAGCAUAAUCGUCAAGCAGAUGCAAGCAUGUUUAUUAGCAGCCUUCAUGAGCUUGAUUCACAUGUUUCGAAGGAUGAAGAAAGCAGGUUAUCUGAACGUAUAAUGGAGAAAUGGUCAUAGAUAAUUCUUUCUUGAAAUACAAUGUCAGCUUAGUUGGCAUACUGUUUAUGCUUUGAGUUGUAUGUAUAGGUCCUACACCCCCUUUUGUGCCCAUUAUAUAUUUUUUAUGGGCACGGAGAUGAAUAGACAAUGAUGUAUUUUUGGUUCUUUUAUAAUUCUCAAGUGCUGGACAUGAGAGCGUUAAAAAUUUAUAGUUUUGAUUCCUCUGGAUGGAUCCAAAUGAGAAGCGAAAGAGAAUGGAUGAAAGAGAGUUUCUAACAGCUGAGGGCUUAAGAGGCGCAUACUUCUUCCAACUGGACAAGUUAUGUGGACAAAAUGGAAACGAAGGAAUGAAGUUUUUUGACCUUUUGUUAUGUUGCUCUGGCGAGUUGUAGGUCUAGGAAUUUUUUAGCUUUCAAAAUUAAGCACCAAGAUUUUCAGGUUACUUUCCAUCAACCUUGCUCAAGUAAUUCCACAGUUUUAAGGUUACUGCACAACAGAAUAUCUUUGCAUUUGCGGUGGCUGCUUGUUUUGUUGCUCUAGUACUGGUGUUUCUGGUGUAGGGAUCACAGUUAAAGAUGAUCAUUGAUUGGCAAUGGCUUCUGUGUGCAAACACUUAAUGAGUGAUUAUUUCUCCAGAAGUCGCAGAAGGUUUAGCUGCAAUAUUUUUGUCGAGUUUGCUGCCGAUCUUGGUUUCCCCUUGGGUGGUUCUGAAAUUGAUCGUCUUUUCCUGUAGUUGGUGCCCUUUGUUAGCAUUUCUUUUGUCCUACAGAAAAAGCUAUACCGUUCCUCAUUAGCUAGCUAAGAUUAGCCGACGGAGGAUUUUACAUCCCAAGUUUUCUUUCUUGUAUGAAUUUACUUUCUAAUCAAGAAAAUAAACAUGUCGCUAUUUUUGAUUUUUUA